AUGGGUGAACUACACCAUCUAUUGGACAGCACGAAUUUGCCCACUGAUACAUCGAUGUCGCAGUCCUUCGUACCAACACAGGCGAUAUAUCAAUCACUACCACGCAUUCGAAUUCCACCAUUCGAUGGUAACUUCCUAUACUGGUUCCCGUUUAAAGAUUUGUUCAUCUCCAUUGUUACAUCUAACGCAUCCCUAACAAACACACAGCGCUUGCAAUACUUAAAGGAUAGCCUUACUGGAAAGGCAAAAAAUGCGCUUGAUAACGUCACCACAACAGAUGCUAACUUCCAGAAUCUGCCUCUGCUGAGGUCAUUACUUGAUGGCGUGACGUCGUCUAUACGUAUGCUGCAGCAUUUGGGCCGGCCAAUCGAGCAUUGGGAUGAUCGGUUGGUGUUCACUAUUACUCACAAGUUGGAUGCCACCACUCGCAAAGCAUGGAAGCGCUCCCUAAAGUCGAACCGCGAUAUUCCAACUUUUAGGGAGCUGCAGGAGUUUCUUACCAGUAGAACACAAUCCCUGGAAAUAGUCCAAAGCUACACCGAGCCGAAGCCCUUCGUAAAGGAGCAUACUCCAAAGAAGUUAGGCACCACCUCUGCUGUUUCUGGGAAUCAUACCACAUCUGGGCGCUGUCCCAACUGCUCCGGUAAGCAUAUUAUCAUGUUUUGCAAAGCUUUUCGCAAUAAAUCGCCGCACGAACGGUAUGACUACGCACUACAAGCUAAGCUGUGCCUAAACUGUUUGCACAUCGGCCACCAGCAAUCAGCUUGUUCUUCCGAGCGCCGUUGCAAGACGUGUCAAGCUAAGCACCACAAAAUGCUGUACGACUACUUUGCUUUCAAUGCGACUAGUACCAGCAAACAGGCUGCAUCCUCUCAUAACGCAGUCACAACAGGGCAAGGCCCUAAUAUGCUGCUGCCGAUACUGAUCGGCACAGCCCUGAUUGAGGUUAAGCCAGAGUCCGGACACAAGGUCGUUUUACGAGCUUUACUGGACAGCGGGGCAGAAGCAGCGGUCAUCAGCGAAUCCGCAGUCAACCUGUUACACUUGGUGAAGUCUAAUGUAAAGGUACCUAUUAAUGGGGCUAACGGUGAUAGAGUGGCUACGGCAAAGGGGUUAUUAACGUUUAAUCUACGUUCAUUGAAAUCCGACUUCGAGCUUGCAUGCAUCGCUCUAGUGUUGCCUCGAGUUGGAAACCGCACCCCGACGGUAGCUAUUGCACCGAACGAUGUUCAACACUUAAGUGAGUUAGACCUUGCUGAUCCCACUGGGAAUGUACCUCAACUGAUUGAUGUCAUCUUAAAUGCUGGCGAUUAUGCUGCUCUUCUGUUAAGCGGAAUACAGCGUAGCAAAACUAGUCAUUUGAUUGGCCAAAGUACACGGUUGGGUUGGGUGAUUUUCGGCAGUUCUGGUAAUCAAUCUCUCGUGACGACACGGGAUGUGAUCGACUGCUAUCACACUCAACUCGAUCUCGACCGAACUAUUCGCAGCUUGUGGGAGUUGGAAGAGCUUAAUUCAACGCCCGCACUAACGCAAGAUGAUCGAUUCGUCCAGAAUUACUUCAACCGCACUACUCGUCGCGCUGCAGACGGUCGUUAUAUUGUGCGGCUACCAGUCAAACCGGAUUCUGAUCUAACGCAAUUAGCCUCUACGCACCAUGAUGCGAUUGGUCUCCUCGAUCAUCUUCGUCGACCUUUAUCUCGAGAUCCGGUCAUGCGAGAUAUGUACGAAGAAUUUAUCAACGAGUACGCAUCAUUGUAA